AUGGGUUCCCUCCACGUCAAAGCAAUUUUCCUUCUCCUGGCAAUAGCCAUAACUCCCUCUACUGCCUGGACUGUACGUAUUGCCAAUCGACUGAGCCACAAGAAGGUGUUGUUUGCGCACUGCAAGUCAGGGGAUGACGAUCUUGGCCCCCAAUAUAUCAAGCCCAGGGAUGAAUUCAAGUUUAGUUUCAGGGUAAACUUCUUCAGGACCACAUUAUUCUGGUGCAAUAUGUCCAAGGACAAGAAAUCCCAUGCUUCUUUGGAUGUGUUCUGGUCGUUCUCGAAUGCCGGGAAGCAUGGUGGCCUUGAUCUGUCCGCCUGGGCGGUGAACGAGGAAGCCCUUUGGAUAGUAAGAGAUGAUGGGAUUUAUUUAUGGAUGAAAGCCCCCGGGUGGCCGGAGGAUGAACCCUACGUCAUUGAAACUCUGUUUCAUAGAUGGGAGCCAAAACGGUAA